AUGGGUAAAAAUGACUUUUGGCGAUUUGGCUGGUGGCAUGUAGUAUUAGCGCGCACAGUAACUACUAAACUACCUCGAUCUUUUUUUGCCAGGCCCGGCAAAUGUAACAUUUCGUUUUUUGGAGUACGGAGCACGAUCCGUAUGAAGGUGUUGGAACCGCGUACCGUUUUCGAUGUACCAGAGUACCAGGAGUAUGGCCCGGUAACCGAGGGUGGGCUCCGUUAUUGGGCGCACUGGGAGAGGGGGAGCAAGUCUGCAUCGCUACUAAAGGUGUACAUCCUUUUGCUGAAAAGACUCACUCGUUUUGUCCUAUUGGAAGAUUUGCCUGUUCACCGUGCUUAUAUAUGGCUGGGGGAGAAUAUAGGCAGCUGGGGCCCCGCGAUAGCCAUUGGAGUGUGGAGGCCCGCGCAUCCUCUUGACGGGCCCCAGGGCCUCGGAUUGGCAUUGGACUGGGACGAAUGUCACGAGCCAGUGCAGCGAUGCCCAACACAAGAGGCCAUCAGCUCCUUGGAGUGCUCCAGACAGCUGCAGAGCCCGGCUGCCACUGAUGCCACUGGCGCUUAUGCUAGUGCCAGUAUCAAGGGAGCGUCUAGCGUCCUGACUGAUGGCUGA